AUGCUCCCGAACAAUACCCGCGCCACAUCCCCCGUCUUACCGGCCACAACGUCCAGACUGGCGUCAAUUGCGUGGCUCGAUCACUGGCUCGAAACAACCAACGGCCCCGCAUCCGAUGCUCCUCCCGGGCUCCGUGGCAUCGCGCAGCGGGACCGCGUCGACAUGAGCGACCUACACGCUGAGAGAGAAGAGAAGCGGGACCUACUGGAUGCCGAGCUGUUCGACUCCGCGAGCGACCACGAUGGUUACGCUACCGAGUCCGACGUCGAGGAAAAUGGCCAGUCCAGCGACGACGAGAGUGGCUACGACGGCGACGGUGACAGCGACGGCGCGCAUGGUCAGCUUCUGCCCGUUUGCAGACGCGUCUCGUCGCCACUCGAGCACCGCGAAUAUCGCGUCGUGAGCCCUCCGCCAACUUUCCUGCAGAACCGAGCCCUAGCUCGCUCAAGUCUUGGGCAGCCGUCGCAUGUCCUCGAACACAGCGGCCAAGUAUCCAGAGACUACGACAUUCGACGAGGGACUCGUACAGCGGUAUUCACCGUUGGCCAGUUCGCAUCGAACAGACUAACAACGAACACAGCCGGACAAGGCGCCGCCUUGUCUCGCAACAACCACCUCCAAUACGAUGCACCUUCGGGCCGCGCCGACCGCGUCUCAACCCCACUCGCCACAAGCAGCUACCGGAACGCACCUGUGACCGAGAACCAGAGGGGAAAGAAGAGAGCACGGGAGGUCGAAGAAAUCAAGGAAGAGGAAGUCGAUGAAAAGCCCCGGAAGAGGCACGCUGCGGACAAGGAGAAUGUUGCCGCCGGACCCAGUGAGUACGACGACGACGACCAUGACCAUGAGAGUCGCAGGCCUCAGCGCAGCACAGUCCGCCCGUCCUUCUGCCACCCGUCUCGCUAUGUGGAGAACCGCGACCGACUUCGCGUGGCAGGUGCUGCCAAUAUGUCGGCAGCCGCGCCUGCCACGCCUGUUGCUCCGCCUGCCUCUAUGCCAGCCGCGCCGGUCGCUGCGCCGAUUCCCGCGGUCGCCGUACCAGCCGCGCAACCGGUUCAAGGUGCCUUCAUCGUCAUACCGCCUGCGCCUGUUUACCUCCCGCCAAUCUUCCAGGUACUCGCUGACCUCCCUAACCCACCGUACAAUAUCGUGCUGCCUCCUAUCAUCGCACACCAGCCUCCGCGGCGCGCUGUCUCCUAUCCAUAUACGCAGGCGUGGGUUUGA